UCUGCUCAUCAAGAGUCCAUCUCCAGACCUUCUUUCUGAGUCCGCGCGGAUCUCCACCCAUCCCCUCCCUCUCCCUCUUUUUCGGGCAAACCAAAGAAACGAAGAACACCGACAGCCUUCCAAUGGCCGCCUGCUCUCUAAAACCAUCCACAUCCAUCGCUCUCCGUCCUCUUCGUCUUCCCCGCCCCUUCUCCAAGAGCUCCAAGCCCACCCUUUUUUCGAUCUCCUGCGGCCCCCGCGACCACCGUUGGCCGCUGCUUCGCGGCCGGACCCUCAGCACCGAGGCCAUCCUUGCCGUUCAGGCCCUCAAGCGCGCCCUCGACGACGACUCCAAGGUCGAACAGGUCGUCUCCACGGCCUUCGUCCGCCUCCUCAAGCCCGACCUUGUCGCCGCCCUCGCCGAGCUCCGGCGGCAGGGCCAGUGGCGCCUCGCCGGCAAGGUGUUUGUCGCCGCGCGCAAGGAGUUCUCCUCUAAUCCCGACUACUCCCUUUACGCCGCGAUGGUCGCCGCGAUGGCGAGAAAUGGGAUGCGGGAAGAGAUCGGUCUCUUGGUGUCGGACCUGCUUGCGGAGCGGGAGAAGGGAGAUGGGUUCUCGGCGGAUGAUAUAAGAGGGUUGGCGCGGGUUGUCCAGGCUUUGAUUGGGGUGGGGAGUGGGAAGGCCGUGAAGUAUAUGUACAGAGAGAUGAAGAGAAGGAAUUGUGUUCCCAACGAGUUCUUGUUUAAGGAUUUGAUGAGAGGACUCAGGGGACUGGGUGAGGGAGAGGCCGCCGAUGAUGUGGAGAGGGAUUUCGAGGUUUGGUCAAAUGGUGGGUCAAGAAGUGAGCUGCUACGUGUUUGAUGAAAUGCUCGGCCGAAUGGAACAGGUUAGUUUACCUGCCCAUUAUUUUUUCUCCUUUAAGAUGAAAUUUUAGAUUUUUCAGAUGAUUUGGACUCGGCUUGUUUGUUAGUCUACUUGACUGUUGACCCGGACAUUUCUUUUAUAAUUAUCAUUGGUUUUCAAAA